AGCAGUGUGGUGCACACCUUUAAUCCUGCCACUCAUGAGGCAAGAGGCAGGUGGAUCCCUCUGAGUUUGAGGCCAGCCUGGUCCACUUGGUGAGACCCUUGUCUAAAAACAAGACGUUCCUUGGGCAGAAGUAUUGUCCCUGUGGCCAGGCCUGCCUAGCGCUGCUCAGUUUGCAGCACUGGAGAACCCAGCUGCUCCUUAGAGAGCCCCUCCCCCUUACCCUGACCAGCUACGGCAGUUUGGUGUCCUUUUCUCUGCUUUGACCCACAGCAGGGUGGGGAGAGCCUGCCAGGGACCUGACUCAGCCUUGAGAUUGGCGGCAGACACAACAAGGGGUGGGGGCCCUGGGGGCAGGAACCUAGCCAAGCAGAUACCCAGCCCCAACCUGCCACUAGGACCCUUCGAGCUGAGCUGCAGUACUCUUCCUCAUGGACCGCACCGUAGUGCUCAUUACCGGCUGCUCCUCCGGGAUCGGCUUGCACUUAGCUGUUCGUCUGGCUUCUGACCCGUCCCAGAGCUUUAAAGUGUAUGCCACAAUGAGGGACCUGAAGGCACAGGGACCACUGUUGGAGGCAGCCCGGGCUCGAGGAUGCCCUCCUGGCUCCCUGGAGACACUGGAAUUGGACGUCAGGGAUUCACAUUCUGUGGCCGCUGCUCAGGCAUGUGUGUCCGAGGGUCGUGUGGAUGUGCUGGUGUGUAAUGCCGGCCGGGGCCUCUUCGGUCCGCUGGAGGCGCAUGAGCUGGACGCAGUGGGUGCUGUGCUGGACGUGAAUGUGGUCGGGACAGUUCGGAUGCUGCAGGCCUUUCUGCCAGACAUGAAGAGGCGCCACUCCGGGCGUGUGCUAGUGACUGCGAGUGUAGGAGGCUUGAUGGGGCUGCCAUUCCACGAAGUUUACUGUGCCAGCAAGUUCGCGCUCGAAGGUUUGUGCGAGAGUCUGGCGAUCCUGCUGCCGCUCUUUGGAGUCCACGUGAGUCUCAUCGAGUGCGGGCCGGUGCACACGGCCUUUUAUGAGAAGCUAGAGGGUGGCCCAGGCGGGGCUCUGGAGCGUGCAGAUGCCGAGACCCGCCGCCUCUUCACGCACUACCAGCGUGGCUAUGAGCAAACUCUGAGCGAAGCGCAGGACCCAGAGGAGGUGACAGAGCUCUUCCUGACCGCUCUGCGAGCCCCGCGGCCCGCGCUGCGCUACUUCUCCACCGACCGCUUCCAGCCACUGACCCGAAUGCGCACGGAGGAUCCCAGCGGCAGCAGCUACGUCACCGCCAUGCACCGCGAGGCCUUCGCUGAUCUGCAGGCGCAGGAGGGCCCUGAAGCUGGGGCCAGAGCCCCUGGGGACCGGGAUGCGACCUCCGGUGCCCUCGUUUGCCUCCCAGGGUGUGCGUCCCCUAGGGUGGCAGCUGAUAAACCGGGUCAGGACUAACAAUGUUACCAACAAAAGAGCUAAGAAACAAAGUCUCCUUUUUCUUAUUUUAGAAUUUGUUUUGUUUUGUUUUUGGCAGGGGCUCACUAUGUAGCCCUGGUUGACCUCGAACUCACAGAGAUCCUCCUGGCUCUGCCUCCCGAGUGCUGGGAUUAAAGGCGUGCGCCACCACCGCCCGGCUCAGAAUCAUUUUUAAAUAGUGCAAACUUCCUCAUGGGUCAAGAUUGAGCUAAUAUGGAUAGACCGAGGUGUAGGUUAAGGUUUUUUUCUUCCAAUAAAUGUAUUUAUUAUCAUUGAGCAUGAUUUGGAGGGGGGCACAUUCCACCAUGGCACAGAGUGCAGAAGUCAGGGAUAACUUUGUUCUCUCUCCCACCAUGGACUUCAGGAAUUGAACACAGGUCUUCAGACUUGAACUGUAAAUGUUUUCAACAGAUGGGCAAGCAAGUUGGGGUAGAUUUUAACUGCCAGCAAUGAUUGGGAUCAGCCCAAUUGUUGUUGAAUCAGUGUCUUAUGUAGCCUAGGCUGGCCUUGAACUUGCUAUGUGGCUGAGGAUGACUUUGAACUUUCUGAUCCUCCCAGAAAGUGCUGGGGGUACAGGCCUGAGCCACUAGGUUUGACUUCCUAGUGUGACUUUUUUUUUUUUUUUUAAGAUUUAUUUAUUUAUUAUGUACACAGAGGAGGGCGCCAGAUCUCAUUACAGAUGGUUGUGAGCCACCAUGUAGGUGCUGGGAAUUGAACUCAGGAACUCUGGAAGAGCAGUCAGUGUUCUUAACCUCUGAGCCAUCUCUCCAGCCCUAGUGUGACUUCUUUAAAUGCAUCCUGCAGAGCCAAAUGUAUACAGACGGAACCAGCCCUAAUGCCAGCACUCCACAAGUGGAGUCGAGAGGAUCUGGCCAGUCUGGGCUGCUAGAGAGCCGUGAGGAGAGGGAGGUGGGGAAAAAGCUCAGUGGUUAGGAGCACUGGCUGCUGUUCAAGAGGGAAUAGCCUGGUUCAGUUCUUGGAACCCAUAUGGUGGCUCACAACUGUCUGUAAUUCCAAUUCCAGGGGAUCCGAUGCUCUCUUCUGGCUCCAAUAGGCACCAGCCAUGCAUGUGGUACACAGACAUACAGACAGACAAAACACCUAUACACAUAAAGUAAUAAUAAUAACAAACCUAGUAAGUAGCACUCCUGUAGUUUCAGAAUCUGAAAGGUAAAGGCAAGAGGAUCAGAAAUUCAAGAUCAUCCCUCCACUACAUAGUAAGUUGAAGGCCAACCUGGGAUACAAGGGACCCUGUCUCAAAAAGAGCAAACCAAAACACACACCAGACACACUGGUGGGAGGCAGAGGCUGACCAAUCUCUGUGAGUUCAAGGCCAACCUGGUCCGCAUAGUAAGUUCCAGACCAGCCAG